AUAAAUGAAGAAACAAAAAACCACUAGCAGGCAAUUACUCUCUCUCUCUCUCUCUCUCUCUCUCAUACAGAACCCAACACAACACACAGAAAGAUUUGAGCUUUCAGGUCAGUUUUAGGAGGGAAAAUUCCAAAUUCCAAAACCCAAAACCCAAAACCCCAUUUGAUUAGAGCAAACAAAGAGAGAGAAGGGCCAAGGCAACAAAAGCCUAAAGAUUUAUAAAGCCAUUGAAGUGUUUGAAGUUUGAAGAUAAAUUCGACCCAGAAAGAAAAAGUUUGAAGAGAGCGAGAGAGAAAACCAGAGAAAAAAAUGUUUGCAGCAGAAAAUGGACUCAAAGGAGACCCAAGGCUCCAAGCAAUAUCUGAAGCCAUCAGGGUUGUGCCUCACUUUCCAAAACCAGGAAUAAUGUUUCAAGACAUAACAACAUUGUUGCUUGAUCACAAGGCCUUCAAGCAUACUGUCGACAUUUUUGUUGAUCGCUACAGAGACAUGGACAUCUCUGUUGUUGCCGGGAGGGGAUUUGAACUCGGGUGCAUAUUGGGGAGCACACCCGCUCUAGCCAACUUGGCUAAGCCCAUUUCUGCAGUUCUAUCAAUUUUUAGCCAUACGGUUAAAGAAGGUUUUGAUGAAAUUCAAUUUUUUUUUCUUGGUACUUCAUUUAAUAAUAAGCUAUUUGCAUUUUCUCCUGCAUUGCUGCAGUUUUGGUCGCUCGGAACGUUGUUUCUGAUUUUUGAGGAUUUUUUUGCCAUUUGAAA